UCGGGUCACCAGGCCGGUAGCAGCGCUCUGAAAGCCACCAGACGGCGUCUGAGCAUCCUAAUGCCCCUGUUUGGCCCGAUAGAGUCGAAAGAGAAACAAACAACACAGGGCGGAAAUACCUACAUUGAACUGCCUGACGUGCGCACUGAGAACGCAGAAACUGCGCGAAAUGUCGAGGAAAUUGGUGCGUUCUGUGACCUCCUCAGUCCUCCCUGA